GUGUGAAAAUACAUAACCACUUAAUAGACACAUUUAUAGAGCAACUAUGUCUUGGGACGACGAAGAUUUUGAUAUUCCAGCCGGAAACACUGCUGCUGCUGCUUCUUGGGAAGACGAAGGCGACGAUGAACCAAUUUUAGAAUCUUGGGAUAUCGAUGAAGAUGAAAUUGCCAAACAAAAGAAAGAGGCCGCCGACAAAGCUGCUGCUGAAAAGGCUGCUGCUAAGAAGAAGGCCGAUGAAGCAGCAGCUAAGAAAGCUGCCAAGAUUAAAGAAAUGGAACAAUUUGACUCCUUGGAUGAAGAAACUCGUAAGGAUUUGUUAAAGAAGGCUGAAUUGAACUCUGAUUUAAACAAUGCUGCUGAUUUAUUUGGUGGAUUGGGUGUUGCUGGUGAUGGCGAUGACUUUGAUAUUAAUGCUCAUCCAAGAGAAAGAUUCAAUAAGGCAUUGCUCGCAUCACAACAAAGAAAACCAGUAUUGACUAAAGAUACCCCAUUGACUGACCAUCCAUUAUUCCAACCUACAAACAAAGCUGAAUACGAAAAAUUGAGAAAAGCAGUCGGUACUUCAUUAACCGAAUUGAAUGAAGAUUCUUCCUUAUUAUAUGCUUCCAGUUUAGCCAUUGAUUUAAUUAGAGAUUUGGCUCAACCAUUAUCAGUGGAAAACUUGAGAAAGGUCAUAUCUACCUUGAACGUCGUCAUUAAGGAAAAGGAAAGAUUAGAAAGACAAGCAAGAUUAAAGAAGGCUGGUGGUACCGCUACUGGUGGUGCUGGUAAAAAGAAGGCCAAGCCUGCUGCUAGACCAAAUGUUGGAGGUGGUUUCAAGAAGGAUGAGUUAGAUUUCGAUGAUGAUUUUGGUGAUGAUGAUUUUAUGUAGGGGACGGACGUAUAAUAUAUAGUGGUUUGUCAUAACAUAAUAAAUCAAUUGGAUCACUAGUUGGAUGUUGGAUAAUUCGAGGUACUUUAAAUUUU